AUGGCACCAACGGGCUGGCUCGACGUUCACACGCACUUCUUUCCACCUAUGACGGAUGAGCAGGCUGAAGAUCUGGCUCAAAAUCUGCAGGAGGGGAACUUUAUGGUUACGGCAGCGUCGCUACAUUGGUCAGCAGAGAAAGUCAUUGAAUAUAACAACAGUGCUGGAGUGCAAAUGUCCCUGCUCAGUUACAUUCCGACCCAGCACGAAAAGAUCCGAGCAGCAAACGACCUGGGUCAUGAGAUUGUGAAGAAAUAUCCUGAUCGCUUUGGACAGCUGCUUUCUCUUCCUACCGACGAUGAGGAUGCUUGCUCCGAAGAGAUCAGCAGGGCUGCACAUUGGGACCUAAGACCCGAUGGCUACUCCACAAGCACCGUGUACAACGGGGUGCCUCUCAGCGAUUCGAGGCUUGACAAGGUCUGGGAGCUUCUCGAUCAGGAGCAAGCCGUGGUACAUGUCCAUCCAAAUGCAUAUGCGCCGGGGACACAUGGCAGACCCAGUCCACUCAUAGAAGUCGCAUUUGAUACGGCAAGAAUUGCCACUGACAUGCUCUACAAGGGCGUCUUUCGACGGUUUGCAAAAAUCAACUUCAUCUUUGGCCAUUGCGGAGGAGCGCUUCCCGCUCUUUCUGGACGGAUCAGUCUUCUGGGCACGGAAUCAUGGGUUCCGAAUCCAUUGAAUCUAACUCGUGACGAGAUUGAGAAGCAGCUAUCCAGCCUAUAUGUUGACACAGCCGCAACUGCGAAGACAGGCUUGGCUCCUGCGGCUAACAUGUUGGGCAUCAGUCAUUGCGUGUACGGCUCAGAUUGCGGUGUGCCUUGCUCAACUGCAAACACUAUGAAUGAGAACAAAUUGGAUGUUGAGACUUUUGAGAAGAAACAGGGCCUUGCUCCAGGCACUAUUGCGAAGAAUACCUGGAACCUCUUUCCGGCGGCAGCCAAGCGAGCCGAGCGAGAUGAUCACCUGGCUGACAGGAUUCCCUGA